ACAUUUGUUACUAUUACUUAUAUUAUUUUUGCAUUUUCUCUCUCAAUAUUUUUUUCCCCUUCUCUCUCUUUUUAAUAUUUGCAUAGUACUACUACUACAUAUUGAAGAAAAAAGAGUUUGAUUUUUGAUGGAUUUGAAAGAAACUGAGUUGUGUUUGGGACUACCUGGUGGUGGUGGUGGCGGAGGAGGUGAAUUAAUUCGCGAUAAUAAUAAUAAUAAUAAGAUUAAUGGGAAAAGAGGGUUUUCUGAGACUGUUGAUUUGAAGCUCAAUUUUCAUCAAGCUAAUGAUGAUAUUUCUUGUGCUAUGGAGAAUAAUAAGAUGAAGAAUAGUGUUACUACUACUAAAGAAGUUGUUUGUAACAAAGAUCCAAUCAAGCCACCUGCCAAAGCACAAGUUGUGGGUUGGCCACCAGUGAGAUCAUUUAGGAAGAAUGUAAUGGCUCAAAAGAGCAACACUGAAGAAAGUGAGAAGACUACUGUUGCAUUUGUCAAAGUUUGCAUGGAUGGUGCACCUUACCUACGUAAGGUUGAUUUGAAAAUGUACAAAAGUUACCAAGAACUUUCUGAUGCUUUGGCUAAGAUGUUUAGCUCCUUUACUAAUGGAAAUUAUGGGUCCCAAGGAAUGAUAGAUUUUAUGAAUGAGAGCAAAUUGAUGGAUCUCCUCAAUAGUUCUGAAUAUGUGCCAACCUAUGAAGAUAAAGAUGGAGAUUGGAUGCUUGUUGGAGAUGUACCUUGGGAGAUGUUUGUUGACUCAUGCAAGCGUUUACGCAUAAUGAAAGGAUCAGAAGCUAUUGGACUUGCACCAAGAGCUAUGGAGAAAUGCAAGAGCAGGAUCUAAGCCAAUUGAUGGUGUGCAAAAACUCCAUAGAUAAUGUUUGAAGUUGAAGGUUUUGUGAGAUUAAUAUAUUGUUGUUUUCAUGUGCUUGUAUUUUAAUUUUAAUUAGUAUAUAGUUAAUUAAAGAAGUGAUCUUUAAUUUGGACAAUAUUUGUAAUGAACAUGAUGCAAUAAACUUAAAACCCUCUAUUGUG